CCAAGCAAAGUUUGAAAAAAAAAAAAAAAAAAAAAAGAAGCAGACACAGCUAGCUCCUAAGGGGGGAUCUGCUUGCAGAAAGAAUCUUGAUGAGAGAGUGGGGGCUGCAGCGCAGUGAAGACGUGUGGAGGGCACUGAUGAUGGAAGCUUUUACAGGCAAAAGGAUCAAGUCCAGGUUCCGGAAAGAAAUUAUGCAGGCAUGGCGUUCGAUGAAGCCGGACCUCAGAACCCCUCCAAGCUCUAAACAGCAGAUUUUGGAGCAGCCCCUGUUUGAUAACCCGAGUGUAAGGAAUGCGGAGGGCGCCACCUUAACUGCAAAAAAGGGGCCAGGGAACUUCGGGUACAAGUGGGUGCAGAGAGGGGUAUCAACUGUCCGGGAUAUCUGGAACGAAGACUCCAACCAAUGGAGAAGCCCAGCUGAGCUGAAAGGGAAACUGGGACAAUUACCGGAUCAAGAACAGAAAGCUGAGAGCAUCAGAGCAGCUCUACCACAAGAAUGGAAACACCGCCUGGGCCCCUACGGUGUAAAUCCGCCAGGGACGUGGUUUCAUGCAGAAGCCCCAGAGUACCAUCGUUUCUACAGGUUAGAAGAAUGGGAUGCAGAGGUGCAAGGGAAGUGCGUGCUUGAAGUCUUUGAGAAGGAAAGUCGAGAGUCAAGUAAGCUAGUCUCAUUCGGGACUGUGGUAAGAUACGGGCUAAGUGGACUGUCAGAGUGCAGAAUAAUCUUGAGUGAGGAUAAGAAACAAACUCCCAUGACGGUAGGUGGGGGUAGAGACUACAGUAAGCUUAGGAUAGAUCCAGAGGCAUGGGGUUGGGCAGGGGUUGACGAGAACACUAUUGGACUGAGGAAGUUGGGGAAGAACAUGUGUAGGGUGGGCCGAAAGGAGAGGAAGUCCGUGGAAGAGAAACUGACAAGUAGAUGGGAGAGAACUAUUCACAAUAUUCCACCUCCGAAGAAGGAAGAGUUAAACAAUCUGUGGGAGCAACUGAAAAUAAUCCCGUCUCAGAAACUAGCAUCCUUGCUAUGGCUACAGUCCCAUCUAGCGGUGCCUACAGCAAUGUGGCUCAGAAACAGAGGCAUGGAGGCGUUAGACCCCAAGUGUGUCAGAUGCGGCUGGCUGUUCGAGGAAGCGAAGCAUAUGUGGUGGGACUGCCCUAAGUCGCAGAAGUGGUGGAAGUGGUGGCUGUUCAGCUGGAAGGAAAUCACAGGGAGAAACAAGUUCACAGACGAAAGGUGGGUGUUGUCGGGAGCGGUGCCAGAUGAAUAUAAGAGCAAAGAGGGCUGGGGCUAUAUGGCACAGGUCACAAGAGCCAUAAUGCUUGGGCUAAUCUGGAAAGACAGGAACAUGAAAAGAUUCGAUAACAAGGAGCUUGCUGAUGGGCAGGCCUACCAGCUCUUCAAGUACCUCUUAGCUAAUGAGAUUAGAGCGGACUGGCAACGCACCAGGAAGAAGAAGGGUAAAGGAAAAGGGGUGAACUGGUUUCUUAAGACCUGGGCAUUGGGUUCGUGCUUCGCAACAGUCACGUUAGAAGGUAGAAUGGUACUCUCCCAGUGGCUUG